AUGAGGCACUUUCAUCUCGCUCUCCUCGCCCUGGCGUCCACCGCCGUCCUGGCGCAAGACCCAGGCCCUUCCCCUACGGCGUCCGUUGGCUGUGAACCACACGGCGACCACUGGCACUGCGACGGCCCAGCCUCUCCCACCGCCACCAGCACCACAACCAAGCCCUCCCUGGCCCCAAGUCCCACCGAGUCCAGCGGCUGCGAGCCCCACGGGGACCACUGGCACUGUGACGGUCCCGCGUCGACUGCGGCCGUCACCGCAACGACCACGCACUCCCCCGACGACGAGCACGACGAGCACGUCACCGGAUCGCCGUCACCAACCGCGCCGAGUCCGACGGCAUCGGUGGGCUGUACGCCGCAUGGAGACCAUUGGCACUGCGAUGGGCCGAGAGAGACGGGGAGUGGGACGGGGAGCGUGAGUGCAGGGUCGACAUUGGUCGCAAGUACGUCCUCUGCGACUUCAUCUGCUGCUGGGACGGUGCAGACGGGUAAUGGUGGUGCGUCGAUGGGGGUGGACUUGAGUAUCGCGGCUGGGUUGGCUGUUGCUGUUGCUGCGUUUCAUAUUUAA